AUGGCGAGUAAAAUUACACCCGAGAAAGCUGUUUCAGGUUUGGUUUACGGUUUUCGUUGUUGGCUACGGCCAAUGACAAUUAAGAGUUGUAAAACUAGCUUAUGUCGACCCGAUCUUUGUGAAGAUGAAGCUAAAUCGACUAAUUUCUCAGGGGAUAGAAUAAAAAGUGAGCCAAACACAAUUAGUUCUGGUGGAUGA